GUUCUCAGAGAAAUUUGGAAGUCAUGGACAGGAACACAGUGACACAAAUGAUUCAAAGAGUGAUUUUGAAUGGUUCUGCACCAACACAAACCUCGGAUUCAAAUACAUAUUUAAAAAUCAAUUUACAUCAAUAUAUCAUCAAUGAACCUGAUAAAUGUAAGGAUCAAAAUCCAUUCUUAAUAAUCCUUAUAGCAACUAUAGCAAAGGAAGUGGAACAAAGACAGGUUAUCAGGAAAACGUGGGCAAAUGAGGCAAAUGUGGCUAAACAUGGGAUAACCAUUAUGCAUCUGUUUAUGUUGGGUUUUGACACGGAAGCAGAAUCAAAGCUGAUUUUAAGCGAAAGUCAGAUAUACCAUGAUAUUAUCCAAAAAGACUUUAAGGAGGCAUAUAACAACUUGACUUUAAAAACUAUUAUGGGAAUGGAAUGGAUCUCCACCUAUUGUCCUCAAUCAAAGUAUGUCAUGAAAACUGACAGUGACAUGUUUGUGAACACUGAAUAUCUACUUGAAAUGCUUCAACCAAACCUACCACCGAAACAAAAUUUCUUCACUGGUACUGUUUUCAAAGAUCCUGUUCCUCAUAGAUCGAAAGAAAGCAAAUGGUAUGUUCCAUAUUCUGUUUAUCCAGAGAGCCGUUAUCCAAACUUUUGCUCAGGAACUGGCUAUGUGCUUUCAGGAGAUUUGGCUCCCAAAAUCUUGAGAUCAUCCUUUAAAAUAAAUUACCUGCAUUUAGAAGAUGUGUUUGUUGCAAUUUGCCUAAAAAAAGAGGGGGUAGAAAUAACGCUUCCACCUACAAAUAAUUUGUUUAAUUUGGACCGAGUUCCAUUUUCCCCUUGUGGCUAUUACAACCUUAUUACUGCCCACAAUUUGCAUCCACGUCUAUUACUUCAGUACUGGCAAAACAUGCAAGAACAUAAAGGGCAAUGCUCAAGAAAUGGUUUGAAAUUUUAA